ACCACCCCAUGCAGGCUUCUUGCCAUAGGUCAGCUAUUCUUCCUGCAGCUAAAGCGCAUUGUGUGAAACAUGGAGGAUGUGAAUCAGUCAGUGGCUCCAGACUUCAUUCUGGUGGGCCUCUUCAGUCACUCAGGAUCACGCCAGCUCCUCUUCUCUCUGGUGGCUGCCAUGUUUGUCAUAGGCCUCCUGGGCAACACUGCUCUUUUCUUCUUGAUCCAUGUGGACUCCCGGCUCCACACACCCAUGUACUUCCUGCUCAGCCAGCUCUCCCUGUUUGAUGUUGGCAUCCUCAUGGUCACCAUCCCCAAGAUGGCAUCAGACUUUAUGCGGGGGGAAGACGGCAUCUCUUAUGGAGGUUGUGCAGCUCAAAUAUUCUUCCUGACAUUGAUGGGUGUGGCUGAGGGCAUCCUAUUGGCCCUCAUGUCCUAUGAUCGUUAUGUCGCUGUGUGCCUGCCCCUGCAGUAUGCAGUACUUAUGAGACGCCAGGUGUGUCUGCUGAUGGUGGGUGCCUCCUGGGUGGCAGGUGUGCUCAACGCCUCCAUCCAGACCUCCAUCACCAUGCACUUCCCCUACUGUGCCUCCCGUACUGUGGAGCACUUCUUCUGUGAGGUGCCAGCCCUGCUGAAGCUCUCCUGUGCAGACACCUCUGCCUACGAGUUGGCGCUAUCCACCUCGGGGGUGCUGAUUCUAAUGCUCCCUCUUUCCCUCAUUGCAACCUCCUACCGCCACGUUUUGCAGGCUGUUCUAAGCCUGCACUCAGAGGAGGCCAGACACAAGGCUGUCACCACCUGCUCUUCACACAUCACAGCAGUGGGGCUCUUUUACGGUGCAGCCAUGUUCAUGUACAUGGUGCCUGGCGCCUACCACAGUCCACAGCAGGAUAAUGUGGUUUCCCUCUUCUAUAGCCUUGUCACCCCUACACUCAAUCCCCUUAUCUACAGUCUGAGGAACCGGGAGGUUCGGAUGGCUUUGGUCAAAGUGAUUAGCAGGGCUGGACUCAGGCAAAUGUGUUGACUACGUAAAAACUGCUGGUGAAGAUUCCAGC